AUGAAGCAGAUGAAGUCCUUGUUUGAAUUUCAUGAAACCCUAGAAGUGGUUAAUAAUGACGUUUCUAAGCUUGUUGAGAAUGCAACCGAUGCUCAGAGAGUCACGAAUAAGGAGGCGAAGAAGAAAGAAUCUAUUCAAGAAUCCAACAAUCAUGAAACCCUAAAACUUGAAGAUUUGGUUGGCUCGUUGGAGGCACAUGAUAUUAGGAUUGUCGAAAGAAAAGGGGUUCAAGAUUCAAUACAAGCACUGCAAACUCAGGCUUGGAAUAAACAUUGUGGUUCCAAUAAGUUCAAAGGCAAAGGAGAUAAGACUCAAAGCAAGAAGUCUUGGUUGAACCCUCAAAAGCAUAAGGUCGGUGACAAGGCUUCUGAAUCCUCGAAAAGAGGAGAAGGAAAAUCCUAUCAGAAAUACAAAGAGAAAAAAGGUGUGCAUUGUUAUAACUGUGAAAAGUGGGGUCACUUGGCCAAGAAUUGUUGGUACAAUAAAGUCAAGGGAGUGACAAAAGGCAAGGAAGAAGGAGCGAACCUUGCACACCAAGAUUCAGAUGAAUAUGAAGAUAUGAUGGUUAUGGAUAUAGUUGCAGAUGACUAUGUCGACUCCAAUAUCUGGUUCCUCGACUCGGGUUGA